UGGAAACUUGUCGGGCCCUUCUGGCUUAUUUUUCUCUUCAAAUACUCAUCAUUAACUCCUACCACCAUAUUACUGCUAUUCAUGAACAAGCCAGUAUCCUCAAAUUAUUUUUUCAUUUCUUUCUUUUUAAUGUAAUUCUUUUCCUAUAUUGAAAUUCAUAAGAUGAAGUGGGUGUCUGUGAAAAAUGAAGGGAAGAUGUUAUUCAAGUCUAAAUUGAAGUUGGUUGCUUUAGCGGGACUAGUUCUCUCUGUUCUUUCUCUAUUCACUCACUUUCUUCUAGCUAAACAUACUCAUGGGAUUGUUUAUGAGUACCAAUCUUCCGUUACAAUCAUGUCAUGGAUGCCUAAAUUCAAGAAAUCAGAUCUCUCCAUUAAUAAUCAACCAUCUUAUAGGAGACUAUGGGCUCCAGUUAGGCAUCUUGAAUCUUUACAUCCUAAUGCAAAUCGGAGUGGAGAUUAUGCAGCUCCUGAAAUGCAAUCAACUGGAUUCAUCUUUGUCAAGAUACGUGGAGGUUUCCAUGAUAUUAGGAAUGCGAUUUCUGAUGUUGUUGCAGUUUCUCGACUCCUCAAUGCCACCCUCGUCAUUCCAGAGAUUCAAUCAACCACAAGCAGCAAAGGAAUAAGCACUCAGUUCAAGAGUUUUCCAUACCUCUAUAAUGAGGAUCAAUUCAUAGCAGCAUUAGAAAAAGAUGUCAAAAUUGUUAAAACCCUUCCAAAAAAUCUGAAAGGAGCUAGGAGGAAGAAAGAAAUUCCUUCAUUUAAAGUUCCCCACGGAGCAUCUCCAUAUUUUUACCUGCACCAUGUUCUUCCUAUGUUGACUAAGCACUCUGUGGUUGAGCUUCUUGUUUUUAGUGGUGGAUGCUUGCAGUCUAUUCUGCCUCCACAUCUUGUUGAGUAUCAAAAGCUGAGAUGCAGGGUUGCUUUUCAUGCAUUGCGGUUCAGAGAGGAGGUCCAAAAUCUUGCUAUUAAAAUUUUGAAUCGAAUAAGAGCUUCAGGACAACCAUUCAUUGCCUAUGAUCCUGGGAUGACCAGAGAAGCUUUAGCAUAUUAUGGUUGUGCUGAACUUUUUCAGGAUGUACAUACUGAACUCAUCAUGCACAGGCGUGGAUGGAUGAUUAAACAUGGAAUUCUGAAGGGGAAUCUUUCUUCAGAUUCAUCAGAACAAUAUCGUAAUGGCUUGUGUCCUCUCAUGCCUGAAGAGGUUGGUAUUCUCCUUCGAGCAUAUGGUUACUCACCUGACACUAUCAUUUAUAUAUCUGGUGGAGAGGUCUUUGGUGGGUUGAAGAAGUUAAUUCCACUGCACGCCAUGUUUGAGAAUGUUGUUGAUAGGACUUCCUUAAGCUCUCCUUUGGAGUGGGAUAAUGUAUAUGGUCGGGAGGCGAACCUUGUCGACCAAUAUUCAACACCUCCACCUUCAGCUGCUGUAGGCAUGAGAUCACAGGCAUGGAAGAAUUCUGGUCCACGUCCUCGUCCACUACCACCACCCCCGGCACGACCGAAGAUUUACAAUGUUGAAGGUUGGUGGGGUUGGGUAGCUGAGAGUGAUGAUGAGCCAGAAAGUACUAUCAUGGAAUUGAGAACUAAUGCUCAUCGAUUACUGUGGGAAGCAAUCGACUAUUUGGUUUGCAUUGAAGCAGAUGUAUUCAUCGCUGGAUUUGACCGUGAUGGUAAAGGAAACCCAAAUCUUGCUAGUUUGGUUGUGGGUCACAGAGUAUAUCAGUUUCCUACAUCUAGAACUUAUGGUCUGGACAGGAAAGAAAUUGCGAAACUUUUUGAAGAGAUUCGUGAUAGUGUCUAUCAACUCAACCGUACCUGGAUAACGUCACUGUGCAAGCAAUUAAGAAAAAGUUUAAUCGAUGGCUCGCGGUCUUUUCUUACAUUUCCAUUUCCUAAAUGUUCUUGCAUUGUAGAUGAUUCCAACAUCUGUGGGUUAAAGGGUACUUGGUGGCCUAGCUUUGAUAACAUGUUAAGAAAAAAUUUUGGGCCUAACUCAACCUCAAAAGUUAGCUCAUGAGGGGAGGAAUGCUCAAGACCAUAUAAGGAGACCACUGACCCUUUAAUCCACCGAUGUGGGACUCCAACAAAUAUAUUCCUUGAUAGUUUUCUUAUCUGAGUUAAUGCAGGAAAGAAAUUGCGAUCCAACAAAUAUAUUCCUUGAUAGUUUUCUUAUCGAGUUAAUGCAGGAAAGAAAUUGCGAAACGUUUUGAAGAGAUUCGUGAUAGUGUCUAUCAACCCAACCGUACCUGGAUAAUGUCACUGCACAAGCAAUUAAGAAAAAGUUUAACCGAUGGCUUGUUGGAGGAAUCCAAAAUAUCCAAAUCGCGGUCUUUUCUUGCAUUUCCAGUUCCUGAAUGUUCUUGCAUUGUAGAUUCCAGCAACUCUUCAAGCCCUAUGCCAAAAUAUGAGAUCCCAGUGUUUUCUGGACAAGUAGACCAAUGCCCUUCUUGGAUGAAGGGCCUCACUUAUUCUCAAUCAAGGGAAGAAACGGAAGAGGAAAACGACAAAGAUGAUUCUGCCUCCUCGGGUUUGUUCUCCUGGCUGAGUAAUGGUAAUCAAGAGGGUGAUAUCGGAGACGUGAGCAACAAAGAAGAAGCUCUUGUGGAGGAUCAAGAAGAACUUGAAGGGGGUGAAAGAUAGGAUUUGAGAAUCAACUAAUCAGAAAAGGAAAGAACGACUCUUUUUAACAACACAUGCAGACUAAGGGAGCUCGUACGACUUGAGGUAACCUUAGCUUGACAAAAAGAGGCUACAACUGAUAACUGAUUGUUGAAAAUCCAAUUUUGGUGGAGGAACAGUUGUGGUUUAGGAUGGAACUUGAUUUCUGCUAAUCAUGAUACGAAAUGGCAGCUGGUGGUUUAAAGUAUUUCAUAAUUGCGUAGAGCUAGUUAAUAAGGAAAGAGUAAGUUCUAUGCACUAGUGUAAAAUAUAUUUACACCAUCACUUCACCCGAUGUUACCCUAGAGAAAAAAAUAGUAAGGAUUGCAGUAAGUUGGAACAUUUAUUGAUUCUGCUCUAUUUUAUGUUAUUUUUCAGGUCCUGUAUUUGGGACUUAUUAGCAUAUAAACAUGUUAGUCAAUCCUUCUUCCCUG